AUUCCCGCGACGGUUCGCAGCACGAUGCGAUUCCAGCACGCUCAAGCGUCGGUGAACCAACACACGGAGAUCGUGACGGCCUGUUGCUGGACACCAGAGAACGAUGUCAUCACGUGUAGCGACGACAAUACGAUCGUGCGAUGGCGUAUGGACGGCGAGGUGGUGGGCAAAGUUGCGUCUGUCGACACGUUUGUGACGAGUGUCGACUGGGUCCCUUCCGUGGGGAAACAAGGUGCCGAUAUGUUUGUGAUCGCAUGCACGGACGGCACGUUUCGAAUCAUGUCGAAGAACGGGCGCGAGGAGAAGAAGGUGCAGGCGUCCGACGCAGGGGCGAUCAUCUCACUGAAAUGGAACUACGACGGGACGGCGCUCGUGACCGCGGGCGAAGACGGAUCCGUCAAAGUAUACUCGCGCAGCGGCAACCUUCGAUCGACGUUGGCCAACACAGGAAACGCCGUGUAUGCCGUGUGUUGGGGUCCCGACAACGACCAGAUUCUUUUCACGAACAGCAAGAACCUCGUCAUCAAGACGAUUCAAGUGGGUCGCAAGGACAUUCAGUGGAAGGCCCACGACGGUCCCAUUCUCUGCAUCGACUGGAACCCAAUCAACAAUCGCGUGAUUUCCGGCGGUGAAGACCGCGUGUUUCGUGUCUGGGACGGCUUUGGCCGUCAGCUGUACCAGAGCCCGGUGUGCGAACAUGUCAUCACGAGCAUCGCGUGGAGUCCGAAGGGCGACAUGUUUGCUGUUGGCGCGUUCAACAUGCUGCGGUUGUGCGACAAGACGGGCUGGUCGUACUGCCGCGAACGGCCCAAGUGCGGAUCGCUCAUGGACAUAUCGUGGGCAUCAGACGGAACGCAGCUCGUGGCAGCCGGCGGCAACAGCUCCACGUUGUUUGCUCAAGUUGUCGACCGCCAUCUCCAAUGGAACAAGAUAGAGGUGACACUGAAAGACCCACGGAAAAUCCACGUCCAUGACGUGGUCAACGAAACAGUGGAGGAACUCGAUUUUGUGCGCGACCGGGUGAUUGAGAUGUCGCUCGGGUAUGGCUUCCUCAUUGUGUGCACGGCGACGCAGUGUUUCAUCUACAACUUUCAAAACUGGAACACGCCGCACAUUUUCGACCUCCGUGCCGCCGUCAACUUUAUCUUGCAAAGCGAGUGCCACUUCAUCACGGUCGACAACUUUCACGGCAUCCAGGUGUACUCGUACGAAGGCCGGGCAAUUUCCAAUCCAAAGUUUAACGGGAUGCACGUCGAGUUUCUCCAUCGGCACACCGUGUCGCUCAGCAUCGACACCGUGUCGAUCUUGGACCACUCGGACCGGAAAACGAUCCGGUCGUUCGACAUCAACACGGGCAAAGCGCUCCCGAUCACGUUCACGCACUCGCUGGACGUCCUGGAGCUCGCGCUGUCGCACUAUGGCCCGAGCACGGACCGGAAGCUGUUUUUCAUCGAUAGCAACCGCGACUUGCACCUGUCUCAGUUGUCGCACAAGGGAUCGUUCAAACUCCAGGCCCAAGUCGACUCGGCGGCGUGGAACGACUCGUCCGAGAUGCUCGUGGCUCUCUCCGAUGCCAAAGUGCUGUGUUGGACAUACCCUAACAUGGUGUAUGUGGACCGCACGCUGCUUCCCGACGUGAUCGAGUCCAAGGACGGGACGGACUACCAAAAACUCGCGUGCAUCACGUCGUUUGUCGGUCCUCGCUUCACUGUGCGGCGUACGGACGGCGCGAUCUUGGCCGGCGCCGUGUCGCCGUACCCGACGGUCUUGUACGAGUUUACGAGCGCCAACGAAUGGGACAAAGCCGUGCGCCUGUGUCGUUUUGUCAAAACCAAGAGCUUGUGGACAUGCUUGGCCGGCAUGGCGCUACACAAGCGACACCUCGAGACGGCCGAAGUCGCGCUCGCCGCCAUCGAGUCGGUCGACAAGUUGCACUUUAUUUUGUACGUGAAGAACUUGGUUAGCGAAGCGCGUCGCAUGGCCGAGUUAGCGCUGUAUGCUGGCGGCGCUGUCGACGAAGCCGAAGCAAUUUUGCUGCAGGCGCACCCAAUGCCGUUGGUGUAUCGAGCGAUCAAGAUGAACAUCCGACUGUUCCGGUGGGACCGGGCGCUCGACCUCGCCAUUAAGUACACGACGGCUGGAGGCACCCACGUCGACACAGUCCUGGCGUAUCGCCAGCGGUUCUUGGCAGCCAACAAACUCGACGAAUCCGACAAGAAAUUUCUCCAGUACAUGCAGCAAUUUCCCGUUGAUUGGGAGAAAAUUUCGGCGAAAAAAGUUGCCGAGCGCGAGAAGGAAGUCGCAAGCGGUGGAAGCGGCCGGCGCAAGUAGAUGGCGCCGCCACGGUGGUCGUGGAUGUAGCAACGUCGAGGGGUUCAAAGGAUGAUGCAUAUACUCUAGUAAAAAGCGUGUGAAUUAUGUUAUGACGA